ACAUGUAAUCUGCAAUAGGCAAACCUCUACUAUCCCGGGUUUGUUUAUGUUCUGCACUUUUACAGAUUAUAUAAUAUAACAUCUUGGUUUAAAUCAAUUCAUACAAGUUUGUUAAGUUAACAUGUUAUUUAUUUCAACUGUUAAUUUGUAUUGUUUGAACUUACCUUUACCUACCUGUCUUCCAGAAGCAAAAGGAGGAAAUGUAGUUCUACUUCCUGCUUUAUACCUUCUGGGUUCAUCUGAGGUCACAGGAAGGGACCAAGGGCAGGAGGGGAAGAAUUCUUAUAAUUUAAUAAAGUUGAUUUUAAAGGGUUUAUAAAGAAAUAGAUUUAAUGUUGUGAUAUGUAUUGAUUACACCAGAGUUUAGGUUGCCAGUCAAGAGGAGUAGUAGAGGAUGAAUAUAAUCAUGUUCAUCUCACCUACCUACUGAAUGGAAUAGUCCAGAGGAGAAAUUGUUUGAUUAAGUGGACUAUUUAAGCAGACGAACUCAGGUGUUUCGAGAGAGAAAGGUUCAGGUCAGUGUAGCUGUGUGCAGUUUGACCUUAAUUUCCGUUGAUUUAAGUUCAGUUAUGUUUAUUUGAAUUGAGUUAAUUAUAGAGUUGAGUUUCUUAUUUGUUUCUUUGUAAAUAUUGUUGGGCCACAGAAUGGUGAAUAAAUCACUUGCUACACUGGACAGCAUCAGGCUCCUGCACUUCUUUGACCGCUUAAGUUUAGUCCUACCACAAAGACUAUAUGCAAAAAUGGUUUUACAGUUUUAUUUAGCUAACAGAAAGAAGGCAGAUGUUUGCAGAAGUUGCUAGUGCCUUCAGGCACUGCUGGAGUCAGUCACCUCCCAGGACUUUACUUUCUGCUUAAAAUAUGAUUAUUUUCUAUGCACAUACUGAUGACAUUCCCUAUUGAGCCUUCUGCCUAAACAGAACCCCUUCCUCCCCUUCCAUCUGUAAGUAGGCCACUCAGUCCUGAGAUUUUACCUGCAAAAAUCUCACUCUUCAACAGAGGGUAACCAUGACAUGUCAUGAAACAAGCACAAUUGUGUAAAUGCUCAUGAAAACCUCGGGGCAUUUAUUACAGCCUGACAGUUAAACUAGAUAAACUAGAUAUGUAUGUUUUAACUUCAAAUCUGUAAAUCUAUAUCUGAUACACUUUUGUAAGUAUUUAUUAAGUAAGUAUUUUGUUACUGUUUUGAAGGUGGCUCUUGGGAGUUUGUUGCUGGAGCUGUAGUCUUGUGCUCUCAUCAUAAUUGUCCAUUUUCAUUGGUUUAUUGUGUUCCCCUUGUCUUUGUCUGAGUUUUCCAUUCACUUCCAGACUUAUUUUAAGGCUUGCUUCCUCAUGUAGCCUUCAGUGUUUAUGCUUCAUAAUGCAGCACAUUUUUUUGUCAGUUCUAUACACGUAGGUUAUAAAAACUCUUUGUUUUUCCAUGCACUUUUUUUCUUUAAUUUAUUAACUAAUUCCUAACCGUUCAUUCACACAGUGAAGUUGUUUCUGGCAUUUUCUUUUUCUGAGUGGCCUGUUCCCUGCAGUUGGAUAUCUGAAAACAACAAUUCUGUUCCUAAGGGUGCUGCUGUUCUACUGGGAAACUUUAAUGCUCAAGUGGGCAACGGCAGUGAGACCUGGAGGGACACGAUUGGGAAUAGCAGCCUCUCCGAUCUCAACCCUUUACCUGAACCACAGUUUUUUCCAUAACCAACAGCAUGUUCAAACAUAACGGUGUCCAUAAAUGCACAUGGCACCAGGACACAUAAGGUUGCAGGUUGAUGAUUGAUAUUUAUAAUCAUAUCAUCAGAUCUAUGUUCUGUACACUUGGGUGAAGAGAGGGACUGAGCUGUCAAGUAAACGACACCUGGAGGUGAGUUGGAUCAAGUAGUUGAGGGAGGAUGCUGGAAAGACCUGACACACCUAAAUAGUGAGGGUGUGCUGGCAACACCGAGCAGAGUCCACGAGAUCCAGCCCAACACCCAACUCCGGCAGAGCUUUGACAGCAUUCCGAGGGAGAAUGGGGAACCUACGUCUCAUUGAGCUGCAGCUGGAAGUUGGUUGGUUGCCACAGAUUGUGUUAAUAAUUUUUAUGGACAGAAUUCCUCAGUAUAGCCAUGUUUCACCAUGAGGAUCUUGACUCUGCUUUUCACAGAUGAUGUGGUUCUGUUGGCUUCAUAUGGUGGUGGCCUCCAGCUUGCACUGGAGCAGUUCACAGCCGAGUGUGAAGUUGCAGGAAUUGGAAGCACCUUGAAAUCUGGAGAGGGUGGUCUGGCUGUUCUCCUUAGGCUGCUGCCCCCACAACCCGGCCCUGGAGAAGCGGAUGAAAAUGGGCGGAUGGAUGGAUGAAUCAACUUUCCAUUGCUGGAUGCCAAUUAAGGCCUUGUUUCUUGGAAACAGCUGUGAACAGUUUAUAACAGAAAACAAUUCUGCAAUUGAAUUUAAAUAACUUAUUCACACUUCUGGUCUUAUGCUCAAUUGGAGUGUGAAUCUAUGUCUGAGAAAAAAUGGGAGGGAAAUGUGGGUAUGGUUGUGUGAGGGAAAAAAAACAACUAUAUUCAGAAUGGAAGAUAAAGCCAGACACAUGACGUGAAAAAAGAGGAAAUGGAGGGUGUGUUAAUGUGUCUGGGAGUGUGUAUUCACAUGUGUGAGAGCCAUGACACAAACUAUGUAAUAGCCAAACUUGAAGUAACAACAGGACAGACAAACAAAUACAUCCUCACUUCUGCCUCUGACUACUAAGAGUGAAGCUGCUCACUUUAGCUCAAUAUUUAAGCCACACAAUGUUUUCCAAUGUCUCUCUGCCCAAUCAGAUGCUCAAGUUUUCAAAGGAGAACCAGACAACUAUGAUGGGCAUCAAUGCCAUAACAGAAUAUGUCACCAUUAUCUUAUAUGCACUGACCGUUGUGCUCGGCAUCACAGGGAACUCUAUAGUGAUCUGGGUGGCUGGAUUCAAACUUAAGCUGAGUGUCACCAACGUGUGGCUGGUGAAUCUGGCGAUAGCAGACCUGAUCUUCUGCUUCACACGAGUCUCCUCCCUCAUUCAGAUGCUCUUCUUCGACCACUGGCCUUUUGGCCUCUUUCUCUGCAAGUUCAACGGCUUCUUCAAAUACACCAACAUGUUCUGCUCUGUCUUCCUGCUGGCUGUGAUUAGUCUGGAUCGAGUGCUCUGCAUCUGGCAGCCCGUCCUCACAAAGCGUCGUCGCACCCUGUGGGCAGCGAGGGUGGUGGCAGUCUGCAUCUGGAUCCCAGCGAUCCUCUUCAGCAUUCCCUACUUCAUUCAUCGCCAAAUGUACAUGGACAACAACAACCUGACUAAAUGUUCUGUGGACCCGAAAGAGAAGGCAGAGGGGUACAACAGCACCAAAGUAGCUCUCUACUCCAUCCGCUUCCUGUGUGGCUUCAUGUUUCCCUUCACAAUCAUUCUGAUCUGCUACACCUUGGCUGGGGUGGGAAUCCGACGCACCCGCCUCUCAGGAAAGUCCCGCCCUCUGCGUAUACUAGCCUGUUUGGUGAUUGCCUUUUUCCUGUGCUGGGCACCAUACCACUGCCUCUUACUGGUGAAGAUGGUGGACAAUGAAAAUGCAGUAGUGAAAAUCUGGUACCCUGUAGCAAAAGGUGUUGCUUACUUUAACAGCUGUGUGAACCCGCUAUUGUACUUCUGCUUGGGUCUAAAAGCGAGAGAGGGUUUCAGGCAGAGUGUAAUGAGAGUUUAUAAAAGAGCUCUGACAGAUGAAAUGGAUGGUCAGAUGACUCAGUCCACUGAUCGCUCUUUGGAUUAAAGCUCUGGUUUGAAACACGACACUGUUUUAGUGGCAGGAAUAAGUGGGUGUAGCUAAAGUUUAAGUUUUCCCCCAAUGAUCGUAAAGCUAAAAAAAAUGCAUAUCUUUAUAUAAACCAUUAGUAUAGCAGUGAAAUGGCAAUAGCAAAGUCGUUAUUUUAAUGUAACUUGUAAUCUGUAGCUUUUCAUUGCAGUUUAUGUGAAGCAAGAAUUAGUAGGUAUGACUGUGAAAAGGUGUUUUCUUUCAUUCUGUGCUCAGUGAAGAAAAUAUAUAUUUGGCACACUGGAGUGAAACACUGUUUUGUGACCCUUCUUCUAGAGUGUGUAAAACUGUGGAAUAGCUUUACUGCAGAAUUACAGCAAUGCUCAGGAAUUGGCAAGUUCAUAAAGACACUUCGAAAAUUACUCUUGGAAGGAUAUGAUAUUGAAAAAGACAAUCACCCAUUGUAUGUAUAAAUAUGUCAACUCGUAUUUCAAUUAUAAAUAUCGUGCCAGCCUUGUUGAUAUAAGUUUUCUUGUGUAUUGUGUGGAAUAUGUGAUGAGGAGAAUUAGGUAAUAUGUGGGAUUAAUAAGAUGUUGAGCAGGGGUAGGAGUUAAUAAGUAUGUGCAUACUUCUUCCUACUCCUUUUCAGACCAAACAACUGUUAUCUCAUGUUAGACGAAUGUGUUUUAUUUUAUUAUAUUUUUCUUGUUUGUCUGUACAAAUACGUGU